GACCUGGUGACGGAGGUCCACAUGCAGUCCAUCUUCACGGACGUGGGGAAGCUCAGUCUGCAGGACUCCUCUCACAGCGUGCAGAUCCCUGGAGGCUCGGGGGGGGCAAGCUGCUCCACCUGCUGGAUCAGUGACUCUGGAGAGGCUCACUAUGCUCUGGCCUCACCUGCAGGGGGCAUCAUGGUGCUGACGCUGCCUCCUCACGACUCUCCAGGUGAGUUGUCAGUGGUGGAGCUGAAGAGGAGCUCCAUGAUGCAGCGCUUCUCUGAUUGGAUGCCGUCAGCCAUGAGGGGGGAUCAGGGCGGGGGGGGCGCCCUGAGCCUGGCCGCCAGAGAGGUCGAAGACAACUGUUUCCUGUUCGCUUUGAGUCAAGAUCUGAGGCUGCGGCUGUGGAGCUUCAGGGACCAGGCGUGUGUUCUGGAGGCGGAUCUGUUGGAGUACAUGCCCUCCUGCAGGGGGGCAAGGUCUCUCCCUGGGCACGGCCACCGCCUCCGGCUGAGCCUCUGCUCCACAGGCCUCUGCCUCGGGGUUUACCUGGCCGUACCUGGCCGAGGACAGUUCACCGUGCUGCAGCUCGUCUCCACCGACAGCAACCGCUACAGCCUGGACCACGUGUCCUCGCUCUUCACCACACAGGAGACGCUGGUGGACUUUACUCUGACCCCCACAGACAUCUGGGCUGUGUGGGUGGAUGAAUCAAAUGCCACCGUGGUCAAAUACAUCAACUUUGAGCACAACUCGGCAGGUCAGUGGAACCAGGUGUUUGUUCAGCCUGCACCUGAAGACGAGGUCCACAUCGGAGUGGACCAGGACCCCAGAGAGACGUACCUGGAGGUCCUCUUCUCCCCUCUACGCUUCACAGCUUCAGCCAUCCUUAAAGCUCUACAGAUCUUCCGCAGAGGCUCGGACAGAGACCGUACCUCGGACGUGUCCUGGGAGAGUCUGAAGAAGGAAGUGACGGUGGCUGUGGAGAGUGAGCUCCAGAGCAGUGUGACGGAGUUUGAGUUCUCUCAGGAGGAGUACCGGCAGCUGCAGGUGGAGUUCUGGUCCAAGUUCUACGCCUGCUGUCUUCAGUACCAGGAGGCUCUGUCCCUGCCUCUGGGCCUCAGCGUCAGCCCCGGCACCGGCAUGGCCCUGCUGCUAAAGAAGGGCUUCGUGUCGUUCCUCCUGCCAUGUUUUGCUGUGGAUCACCUGUACCUGUCCUACGAUGAGUACCUGUCCUCAGAGGAGGAGACGCCCAUCGCUGAAGAUCCAGAGCUGGGGAAGGACGUGCUGCAGCUGGUUCAGUGUCUGCGCCUCAUCAGCGAUGCAGUUUCUGUAGAGAUGGCCUAUGAGAUGGAGAAAGCUCUGGAACACCUUCAGUCACCGGAGAGGGCAGCAGACCUGGUGCUGGAGAGCCUGCUGUCCAACGACAGUGAAAACGUGAUGGAGGACAUCCAGAACAAACUGCAGGACGUCAGGAACCCUGCGGCGGCCAUGACGGUUCUUCUGAGGGAGCUGGAUCUGGAGACGGACUCUGAGAGCCUGAUCUCUGUCUCUCAGGAUACACAAGGCCAGCCUCUGGGUGUGAGGAUCAGCCUGUCUCAGCUGUAUGGAAGCAGCUCGGCUGUGUCCAUCGUCUGUCAGGCCGUCUGUCACAUGACCAUGACCCGAGCGCUGUUCUGCAGAGACCUGCUGAUCCUGCAGAAACUCUACCUGCGCCUUGGAGACAAUGUGUUCCUGGGUGGGGGGGCUCAGUUGCUGCAGCUUCAGCAGGAUCUGAUUCCUCGGAGCUCGAACCUCCUCUCCUCCUAUCACCUCCUCAAACACAUCAGCCAGAGCAUGGCCUCCUCUGUGGCGCUGGACAUCAUAGAAGCCAACCUGCAGCACCUGACCGUGUUGGAGCUGUCCGACUCGCCGAGCCUCAGCAGCGCAUCAGUUCUGAGCCCUCAGACGGUGGUGGAGCUCUUCUACCAGACGGUCGGCAGGAAGAUAAUCGUCUCCCAGAUUUACUCGCAGCAGCAGAGCAGCUCCAUGCUCGUCUGGAGUCACAUGAUCUCCAACGUGGUCGUCCUGCUCGCUCAGCUGCUUUGGCCCAGUAACCCUGGUUUCCAGUUCCCAGAGUGUCUGAUGGCCAACUGUCAGUACACACAGCUGCAGGAGUACGUCCGUCUGAUUGGUCCGUGGUGUCAGGUGAACAUCGGCUCAUGUCGCUUCGUGCUGGGUCAGUGUUACCUGGCCAACGGGGAGGGGCAGAAGGCGCUGCAAUGCUUCCAGGAAGCAGCCACAGAGGUGGAGAAGGAGGACUUCCUGUUGAGACUCACGGGCGGCGAGGAGGAGGACGCCCACCCCCGCCUGCAGUACUACAACAAG